UUGCCUGUUGCGGUGUGCGGAGAGCGUGCGCGCUCAGUACGGUAACGUGGCAUCCCCGUGAUAGGUACUCGCCGACCCGGUGCUCCGUCAGAGAAGUGUUUUGAAUUUUUUUUUUGCUCCCCAACGGGUCAAUUGUUAUACACAUCUCGUACGUCGUGCGGUGUUUUAUUAGUGCAGUGCUCUGCCCGUUGGUAAAUCGUUAAAUAAAUUUUUCGCUUUGGGUAAAGUGGUGGCAUUAGUGCGGGCGAACGGUGUUAUUUUGGCGCGUCGAGUGUGACAUCAAGUGUUUUCCCCGUAGGAAUUCGCUUACCUAGUGUCGUGGAUCGUGUACCAAAGUACUGUGACGAUGAAGAACCUUCAGUGUUGAUAAUAUUAUCAAUAUAGUGUUAUUAAGAAGUAUCACGCGUUACGCGCCGCAUCGGUGUCAAUAACCGACAAGUGGGACACCGGCCGCGCGCGUCGUCCAGCAAAGAAGUUUCUCCUUUUAAACGGAUAACCGUCUCGGAGGAGAAAGACGCAGCUCACAUUCUACGGACGCCGUUUGCGUGUACCGGUCUGCUAAACGGUCAGUUGAAACAAAAUGUUUAAUUGGUUUAACUGCUAGUUCGCAGAGCACCUGCAGCUUAACGAGGAGUCAUGAAGUGACAACACUCUCGGGCCUGAAUGGAAUGAAGGAAUCCACAGGCUUAUUCGGCGACCCGUUACCGACGUCCGGGGAAGGUACAGAGCUGACGGUCCGGGAGCUGGAAGAGAUGGCGUGUCGACAACAGCACCAGAUCGAAUCUCAGAGACAAUUACUAGCAGCCAAAGAACAAAGGCUGAGGUACCUAAAACAACAUGACACCAAACAUCAUCAGGUGGCGGCAGAACACGAGCGUCUCCGGCGGCUAAGGGACAGAGUCGAAGCACAAGAGCAGAAACUCCGAAAGCUUCGAGCUCUUAGGGGUCAAGUCGAUCAGACGAAACUCAACAACGUCACGCUUACUUCUGAUUUAGAAUCUAUUCGAGCACUGUUCAAUGAAAAAGAAAAAGAACUGACCGUAGCUGUAGCUAAAGUAGAUGAGUUAACUAGGCAGCUGGAAGAUGUACAAAAAGGUCGUGGAGGGCAGUCUCAACAAACGUCACCAGCUUCCAUGGAGCUGGACAAACUUAGAGCCGAGUUGUUGUAUCGAAAUAAAUUGGGUGAACAGCAAACAGCUAGACUGGUUCAACAACGAGAAGUCUUAUCCAAAAGACAAGAGGAAAUGGCAUCGAUUGACCGAAGGAUAUCGGAAUUGCAAGCUAGAUUACACAGGAAGAGAUUACUUAACCAACAGUUAGCCAAUCAAAUCCAAGCAAACAAACCUGCACAUAAUAAUAGAUCCCUGGGUGGAAAGCAGAUGAUGCCGCUGUGCGAUGGAAAAAUUAGUGGUGGUAACGUUGCAGCUGUUGAGCCUUUUAAUCAUGUACCGGGCCCCUUAAACAAGAACUCUCAACUUCGAAAGUCCGAAGACAAUAUUCUAAGUCAUGCGACGGGUUAUCCAGGUGUAGCUAGACCUGAACAAAAGCCAUUGUCUCAACAACCGUUACCCGUUCUCAAGCAAGGUCCUGAACCCUAUCAACAAUAUCAGUCUAAACCGGCACACGAAGUGUAUAAAAUUGAACAACAAACAAUUAAUGGCAAUCAAAGCGAUCCAAUGUACUUUGGUAAGUUUGAUCCCAAGUACCAAACAUUACCAUACAACACAAAGUUCUCACCGUUAGCAAAUUACAAUGGUAACAACCAACCAAUGCAGCCGCAACAGCAUUAUCAACAACAACAACAACAAUAUCAUUAUCAACAGCAGCAGCAAUGGUACGGUCAGCAUAAUGACGAAAUGUCAGAUGAAAAUAGAGACCUAGUCAAUAAUAACGGUUACGGAGACCAAAAAGUCAACGGCACCGCCCAUAAUAAAAAAUCUCCAGUUAUAUCUGGUCAAGUCAUGACCAACUUGGGACAAAAUUUGCAAAUGCAAAGUUCUAGCCGACCUAUCAAUGCUCAAGUUUACCACACAAAACCUCUAUCGUCAACCAAUCUAGUGGCGGCACCUAGGCCUCCAAACUACUCGAUGCAUCCUCAAGUUUUGAACUCUAGAAGCCAACCUGUGGGUGGAUCAAACUUAAAUAAUCAUCAGAAACCAACUAGUAGUGUGUCACCUAUUUAUCAAACCUCUUCAACCAAGGUACAACCGGUGCAGCCUCAAGUAAUGAACUCGAUGGGUGCUAAUCAAACGACGGUCAGAGAACUGAAGUCAAUUGAAUCCAAUAACGAUCGACCACCCAGUCCAUCGACGAUCGGUAAGCCCGCAUUGCCUCCCAAACCUCCACCGCCAUCUGUUGGAAUCAAAACGUCCACCCCUCCCCCGCCGCCUAGGCAGAGUGCUUAUCAACUACACCAGCAGCAACCACAGUACCAUCAACCGGUAACGGAUAACAACCAACCGAUACUGACAACAGUAGAUGAAGGUCGGUCAUACUUUACGGCGGACUCCUCUAGUGGUAAACCACUAAAUUUAAUAUCCAAAGAUCUGACUUCACCACCAUCACGGAUACCCAAUGGAGUAAUCAAAUCUGGUUUUGGAAAUUCUGUUGACUCUUCCGAGUCGGAUAACUCCUCUAGUUCAGCCUCUGUGAAAUCGUCUAAUUUUAGUAACAUCAAGAAUGGCAAUCAUCUCUUAGACAGCGUGCGGCAGAUGAAUAUAUCGUCGAAAUCGUCACCUCCGCCUUCUGCGGCAUCCACAAUCAUCACUGAUGUAAAUAGCAACAAAGAACAAUUACCAGCCCUUACUGAUAAACUGCGGUUGCCUUUGCUCAACGGUCGUACUUCAGCCUAUCCGAUAUCAUCAACCGACAUUAUAAACGGCAAUGUGGACAUCAAAAACAAACCGUCACCAACGUCAAGUACUCUUGAAAAUAAUAACCAAAAGAACAUCGACGAAACCGAUAGAGUGGCAGUAAGUGUAGCCCAACGAAUCGACGAAUUAGAGACUCGAUUCGGCGGUGGAAAUGGAGGAGGUCUAAACAAUUGCGGAGGUGGAUCUUCUUCGACCGACGACAACAGUACCAGUAAUCACAGUUCCUCGUCACCUGAUUCAGGGCAAGACUCUGGCAGGGAUGAUGUCAUCUCUUUGGAAUGCAGGAACAGGUUAGUGAUGCGGAAAAAGGGUAACCUAAAGGAAUCGGGUGGCAGCGUAGGCCAUAAGCGGAGAGUGUCGUUUGAUCCGUUGGCAUUACUGUUGGACGCUUCGCUUGAAGGUGAACUCGAACUGGUCAUGCGAACGGCCGAACAAGUGGGAAAUCCCAGUGCGGCAAAUGACGAAGGAAUAACUGCGCUACACAAUGCCAUAUGCGCCGGCCAUAUAGACAUUGUUAAGUUUUUAGUUAAGUUUGGCUGUGAUGUAAAUGCUCAAGACUCAGACGGAUGGACUCCGUUGCACUGCGCCGCCAGUUGUAAUAACCUGUCGAUGGUUCGUUUCUUGGUGGAACACGGCGCCUGUAUAUUUGCUACCACGUUGUCCGAUCAGGAGACGGCAGCGGAAAAGUGCGAAGAGGACGAAGAGGGUUUUGACGGGUGUUCCGAAUUUCUGUACAGUGUUCAAGAAAAACUGGGCAUAAUGAACAACGGCGUGGUGUAUGCCGUUUUCGGGUACGAGGCCCACAACCAAGACGAACUGUCGUUCGGCGACGGCGACCGGAUUGUCGUGUUGCGCAAAGGUGACGACAACGAACGGGAGUGGUGGUGGUCGAGGAUCGACGACCGCGAAGGAUACGUGCCCCGAAACCUUCUGGGGUUGUAUCCCAGGGUGAUCAGUGGUAAAAAAUCAACAGUAUCAACGGUGGCAGAAUGACAAUCCAUCGACGGUUGGACGACAGUGAUAACAGCGCUGGGACUAAGGAAAGACUUGAUUGAUCAUUUUUCGUUGACCCAAGUCGCAACGACCUCAUCAGCAUAUCACCAGAUAUCAUUAUUAUCUUUCUUUUUUUAAUGCUAGACUUUUUCUCAUAUCUACUUUUCAUUUUGAACUAUUGUUUAAAAUUUUUUGAAAAUUCAUUUAUUUAUUUAUUUAUUUCUCAAUAUGAAUAUUAUUUUUGUUGUAAUUAAGACCAAAGUUUAUUUAUGCGUUUUUGACCAUGACAAAUUUUAUGAUUAAAUUAUCGCGCGUCUUUAUAAGAGAUUUUUAUUUUACAUUAACAGUUAAGUGCACGCGAAAAAUAUGUUUCGCAUCGGUACAUAGUUUUUAAAACGAAUAAUACGGCAAAAAAAUGCUUUGUCCAAUUUAGGGCAAAACAAGACCCUUUGAGACACAAAAAAUUGUAUUUUUAUCUAAGCGUUUCUACAUUUGUACUUGUAAACAUUCACACACACACACACAUGUAUACAUAUUCUUAAAAGACAUCAUCAUUGUACCAUAACGUUUUAACUUGAAGAGAUUAUCGUUUUCUUAGAAUGAAAAAAUGUGAUGUAUAAAAAUAGUGUAAAACGUACAUUUCUUUUCUUUGUUGUUUAUCCAAUAUUAUUGUUAUUAAAAUAAAUUUUUAUUAUUUUA